GGGUGUGGCCGCCACCACCUGAAAGCUGGGCCGCGAGUGUGGCCCCGGGUACAGCCGCCGCCCCCGAGCGGCCCCACAGAUUAUUUUAGGAAGAAAACCAACUGGAAGAAUCAAUGAAGUUCCUUCUUUUCACAUUUGUUGGUGUUGUUCACCUUUUCUCCCUGAACUCUGGGAAAGCGAUAUAUAAGAAUGACAUCUCUCAGAGGACUUUUCAAGAAGUAAAAGAAGAAAUAGCCCACUAUGGAGAUGUUGCUAAAGCAAUCAUCAACCUUGCUGUUUAUGGUAUAGCCCGGAACAGAUCCUAUGAGCGACUGGCACUUCUGGUUGAUACUGUUGGACCCAGACCAAGUGGCUCCAAGAGCCUGGAAAAAGCCAUCCAAAUCAUGUACCAGAACCUGCAGGAAGAUGGGCUGGAGAAUGUCCACUUGGAGCCGGUCAAAAUACCCCACUGGGAAAGGGGAGAAGAAUCUGCUGUGAUGCUGGAGCCAAGGAUUCACAAGAUAGCUAUUUUGGGUCUUGGCAGCAGCAUUGGGACUCCCCCAGAAGGCAUUACAGCAGAAGUUCUGGUGGUAACCUCUUUCGAGGAACUGCAGAGAAGGGCCCCAGAAGCAAGAGGGAAGAUUGUUGUUUAUAAUCAACCUUAUGUCAACUACUCGAAGACAGUGCAGUACCGGGUCCAGGGGGCAGUGGAAGCUGCCAAAGUGGGGGCUUUGGCAUCCCUGAUUCGGUCAGUGGCUUCCUUCUCCAUCUAUAGUCCUCACACAGGUAUUCAGGAAUACCAAGAUGGUGUGCCAAAAAUCCCAACAGCUUGUAUUACAGUGGAAGAUGCAGAAAUGAUGUCAAGAAUGGCUUCUCGUGGGAACAGAAUUGUUAUUCAGCUGAAGAUGGGGGCAAAGAACUACCCAGAUGUUGAUUCCUUCAACACUGUAGCAGAGAUCAUUGGUAGCAAGUACCCAGAGCAGGUUGUACUGGUCAGUGGACAUCUGGACAGUUGGGACGUUGGGCAGGGUGCCAUGGAUGAUGGCGGCGGAGCCUUUAUAUCAUGGGAAGCACUCUCACUUAUUAAAGAUCUUGGGCUGCGACCAAAGAGGACUCUGCGUUUGGUGCUCUGGACUGCAGAGGAACAAGGUGGAAUCGGUGGCUUCCAGUAUUACCAGUUACACAAGGCAAAUAUUUCCAACUACAGCCUGGUGAUGGAGUCUGAUCAGGGAACCUUCUUACCCUCUGGGCUGCAGUUCACUGGCAGUGAAAAGGCCAGGGCCAUCAUGGAGGAGGUCAUGAGCCUGCUGCAGCCAGUCAAUAUCACACAGGUCUUUAGGGCUGGAGAAGGGACAGACAUUAACUUCUGGAUCCAAGCUGGAGUGCCUGGAGCUAGUCUACUUGAUGACCUCUAUAAAUACUUCUCCUUCCAUCACUCCCAUGGAGACACCAUGACUGUCAUGGAUCCAAAGCAGAUGAACGUGGCUGCUGCUGUUUGGGCUGUUGUCUCUUACGUCAUCGCGGACAUGGAGGAAAUGCUGCCCAGGUCUUAGCAAGAACAGGAAAGAAAGCACUUUCGUCCUUUCUGGCCAGGAAUGCUGGGUCUGCAGUUCCAGGAAGUCCCUCUUCAACUAACACUUUCAUCUCAUCUGAUCCAUUUUCAAAGCACAGUACUUUCUCAUACUUUCUGUUACCAUCUUUCUUGAUACUUCCAAAUUCUCUGUUUCUAGAGGAAGAAAUGAUCUUCACCCCCACAUAGAAUCAAAAUAUGGUAGGGAUCACAGUGGGGACCUUUCUUUAUACCACCUGUAAAAAUUAUUGUUUCUACUUUGAAAGUAAAUACUGGAUAAAUAUUUGGAAGAUCUCUGGGUUUUAUGUGUGUAUUGAACAUUAAAUCAAAUGCAGUGAUACCAAUUUUUAUGUUAUUUAUUGAAGGAGUUGAGGAAUACG